ACGCGGGGGCGGGAGGUGUAGCGCUCCUGCCUUUAAACAGACAAGAUAUGACAAGUUAGUCUUUUCUGAAAGCCGCUCCAAUAGUUAUCCGCUGCAACAAAACAAUCGUAAAAGAGGGACGUUCGUAAGGAAACGCAGGUGGAAAAUUGUGGGACAGAAUGGCAACUACAUGUGGACUGAGAACUCUGAAAAAUGAACCAGUGCCUCUGAAGUCUGUGUCAGUAGAGGUGGAUGUCCAGGGUCACGUAGCAUCGGUUAACUCCACCCUUCAGUAUGAGAACCAGGAGUCCAAUCCCGUGGAGGCCAUCUUCAUCUUCCCCAUGGACAGCAAUGCUGCCGUUUACCGGUUCCUGGCCCGUAUCGGGGACGUCGAGAUCGAGGCCCAAGUCAGAGAGAAGGAGAAGGCAAAGGAAGAGUAUGACGAUGCCAUAAGCUCUGGGCAGGAGGCCUUCCUGCUGGAGGAGAGCGACGAGAGCUCUGACGUGUUUCGACUGAGUGUGGGGAGUCUUCCUCCUGGACAGACUGCCUCUGUUACCGUGGGAUAUGUCACUGAACUGGCUGUACAGGCUGACCACACCCUGAGGUUCUGUUUGCCUGCUGUGCUCAAUCCUCGCUACACCCCUGCAGGCAGUAAGAGCUUAACGGCAGAAGUGCCGGGUGCCCAGGCUGGUGAUGUGCCGUAUACUCUGUCCCUCACCAUGGACAUCUACUCUCCCAGUUCCAUCCAGAGUGUGGAGUCUAACUGCCCCCUCACCCCACUGGAGUUUUUCUCUCAGGACAAAACUCAGGCCAAAGUGAGUCUGAGCCCAGGUCAUCAGUUUGAUCGUGAUGUUGAGCUCCUGCUCUACUACAGUGAGCCUCACCAGCCCAUGGCCAUAUUGGAGGCAGGUCAGCCAGGUGUUCAGUCAGGGUCAUUAAUGGGUGAUACUGUAGCCAUGCUAAGUUUCUACCCAGAAAUCCAUGUUGAAAAAUCAUCUCCAAUGAUGUCCAGUGGGGAGUUUAUAUUCUUGGUGGAUCGUUCGGGAAGUAUGGGCUGUCCGCUAAACCGCAGCAAUGACAACGAGAGCCGCAUCAGCAGUGCCAGGGACACUCUGCUGUUAUUGUUGAAGAGUCUUCCUUUGGGUUACUUCAACAUCUAUGGUUUUGGGUCACAUCAUGAGUCUUUCUUCCCUGAGAGUGUGGAAUAUACUCAGACCACCAUGGAAACUGCUCUAAAUAAGGCAAAGUCAAUGCAGGCUGACUUUGGAGGAACAGAAAUCUUUCAACCCCUCCAGAAUAUUUACAGCAAGCCCUGCCUUCCCUCACAUCCACGACAGAGUAUAAUAUUUUCACUGGGUACUCACGGGAAGAAAGACUCGUACUCCGAACCAAAUCCACAGAUGUUGAAGUAACAGCCCAGUGGAAGACUCUUCAACAACAGAAGUAAAGUGUCCUACAUAGCGAAGACGUGAGAGAAGAGAACAAAAGUAAGAGGAUGACUCUACUUGCUAUCUAUGUGUAAAUGAACUCUACUGUGUUUCUGUAUAUUAGUGGAUAUCAGUGUGUAUCACUGUGUAUCAGUGUCACUUAUCCCUGUUAGCCAGUCUUAAUUAGUUCCUGCAAACUGAAAAAUUAAAAAAAAAAAGUGGAAAAUUACACCAUUAUUUUAUUGUGAAAAAAUUCCAAUUCCCAAUGACCUCCACGUCACACAUGUGCCAUGUCCUACAAACCCUUACCCCACCUCCACUUCUCAUUCUGUAUAACAGUGACCCAAACAAGGGGCUCAACAAUCUCACAAGUACGAGGCCUCCAGCAAACUUUAAGCCCAUAUGGAAAGCGAACCAAGUUUGUGCUUAUGCGCCUAGCGGCAGUGUAGAGUAC